AUGGAUUUACAGGCUGAGGCGAGCAUCAUGGAGAUGAGCAGGCGAGUGGCUGAUACAGAGAGCUCCUCGAACAGGGAAGAGGCAUUGCUGGAGGAACUCGAAGAUGAGCUAGUUCCGAAGUCAUGCCUUUGCCUUGCUAUUGUGCUGAUAUUGGAUGCAACAUUGUGGACCUUUGGUUCGAGCAUGGCCAGCAUGGCCACGGAUUGUAGGGGAGGAAUGUAUUGCCUAAUGAGUUGUAUGCUUUCUUCGGAUCCUCUGUGCUUCCUAUCACAUCUAUCUUGGCCACCUACAAAUUCUUGGGUCCAGGUUCCUGAUCUGAAGCGGAGGGAACACGAGGUCACAUCCACAAAGUGGCGGAAGGGGGCUGCAACGUUUUUCUUCAGUCUGAUAAUCAUAUAG